UAAAUCGAGCAAAGCAGUAACGUAUCUCUUUUCACAACUGCCGGGCGGGAUUUCCGCAAUUGCUAAUAAUAUGGCGAAGACUUACGAUUACUUGUUUAAACUACUGUUAAUCGGCGAUUCUGGCGUCGGAAAGACGUGUGUGUUGUUCAGGUUUUCAGAAGAUGCCUUCAACUCAACAUUUAUCUCCACAAUAGGUAUUGACUUUAAAAUUAGAACUGUAGAACUAGAUGGUAAGAAGAUCAAGCUACAGAUAUGGGACACAGCAGGCCAGGAGCGGUUUCGAACAAUCACAACGGCAUACUACAGAGGAGCCAUGGGCAUCAUGUUGGUCUAUGACAUCACCAAUGAGAAGUCAUUUGACAACAUCAAAAACUGGAUAAGGAAUAUAGAGGAGCAUGCCUCUGCUGACGUGGAGAAGAUGGUUCUGGGAAACAAGUGUGACGUCAAUGACAAGCGACAGGUGUCCAAAGACAGAGGGGAGCAGUUGUCGUUGGAGUACGGUAUCAAGUUUAUGGAGACCAGUGCAAAGGCCAAUAUCAACGUGGAGAAUGCAUUUAUGACCCUUGCCAGAGACAUCAAGGCGAAAAUGGACAAGAAACUGGAGGGCAACAAUCCUCAGGGCAGCAGUCAUGGUGUGAAGAUCACAGAACAGCCCAAGAAGAGCAGUUUCUUCCGCUGCACCCUCCUGUGAGGACAACGAUCUUAUCAUUGUCCACAGCUGGACAGAACUGGACUGGGCUUGCUCAGAGCUUUCCUCUUUCGCCCUGUUCUCAUCCCUCUCAUUCCCGAUAUCCCAGGCCUCUUUGGGCUUUGUUUUUUUUUUCUGCUUCACCAUGUGCCCCCAGUUUACAAACGGUAGCUUUCAUUGGUCAGGUGGAUCAAUCAGUGUUGUUGGAUGGGCGUUAGAUUUAGGUCUCUAUACCAGGCACUCUUCUGUACCAUCAUGCUCUUAUAUCGUCUCUCGUAAUUACACUUAGGUUGCUGCUCACCCUCUCCUCUCUCUCUGUUCUCUGCAACGGUUGUCACAGAUACUGUAUGUUGCUCUGUGGUCGCACUGCUGCCAAAGUUGAUCCUUAGUGAGGUUUUGUCUCAACAUGGAUUGACCUUAUCCUUAAAAGUAGUGGCUUAAUUCCAUGAUAAGACUAGUUAACCAUCAUACAUCUGACAUCUUCUGUGAGAUUGUUGAAUUCUGCGUCAUCUAGCUACUAUGGAGAUUUAUUCCAAAUGUGUCGUCUAUGCAUCCCUGUUUUUCCUUUCUCAAAUUAGUUAUCUGUAUUCUACCUUAAAUCCCCUUUUGCCAUCCAACAAAUUAUAGACAAGAAAGCCACUUAUUUCCUUAAGAUAAUACUUUAGAUAAUAUAAUACAGUUCUGAAGUGUUAGUCUUACAAUGUUAACAGUAAAGACAUACCAUCUUAACGACAUACCUGAAAAUGUGCAUCUGUGUUCAGCAUUUACCAUUAUGCAGUUCAGAUUAUUUUUAUGCACAAGGUUUGCAAUGAUUUAUAAACUAUAUAUUUGAGUGUUAGAACAAUUUUAUGUGCCGGUAACUGCACAUUGAGUUGAACCCUGUUUUACUGUGUACUCUUGCACUUUAGUAGUGAAAUUGGCUGCACAUCUUGCAAUUUGCAAAAGCAUGUCUUAUUCCAGUCCCUUGUAUGGAAGUAUAGGAAUGUCAGUAUUCAUUAGAACUAUUACAUUCCAGAACUUGUUCCAGAGGCUAUAAGUAAAAAUCAUCUGUUCCACAAUAACAUCAGUCUAGUUAGGAAAUGAAUUGCAAUCUAACAAAUGAAUGCAUACGUUUACCACAUUUUUAGUUUUGGCAUUCAAAAUGUGUUUUAAUCUUAUACCACUCCACCAAAACAGUGCGAGUACCUCAUUGCCCCAAAUAUUCAUGUUAUGUAUGAUGUAGAUACCACUGAAAUAGAGAUAUAGUCCUUUGGGUGGUAAUUGCUUGAUUUCAUUUUUAACGUUUUAUGCACCCUUUUCAAAUUCCAGGCUCUCAGCCUAUUCCUUUUUUUUUUACUGGUUGUUUUAAUUGUGAUACUGUAAUACCGUGCAGGUUUGUGUGGCCUUUGACUUUUGUAAGCUGUUUUCAUGCUUGUCAGUAUUUUUGAUGGAAAAUUAGUGACAAUUGCGCCAAAGUAGGCUGCCUUGAUAGUUGUUUGGUAGGCCUAUAUUACUAGUCAAAUGUGAUUUUAUAAGAACUCAAUUGAAUAAUGUCAACCUACUGUAUGGUGAAACAAAUGCCAUGAAUAUUAAUUUCCAGGUUUAU